CCAGCUGUGAAACUGCUGCUGAUCGUUCGUGACCCAGCAGAGAGACUUGUAUCAGACUACACACAAGUUCUCCACAACCGAAUUCAGCAAAACAAGCCAUAUCAGCCACUCGAAGAGCUGCUAUUAUCACAAGAACACAUCAACCCCAAAUACAAAGCCCUUCAGAGGAGCUUUUACUACCAGCACCUUGCCAGAUGGUUGGAGCUUUUUUCCAGAGAGCAGAUGCACAUUGUGGAUGGAGAGGCACUGAUUCAGAAUCCGUUUCCUGAGCUGCAGAAGGCGGAGACGUUUUUGGAACUUCCACCUCGGAUAAAGCCGGAUAAUUUCUACUUUAACGUCACUAAGGGCUUUUAUUGUAUGCUGUCUGCGGGACACGACAAGUGCCUGGAUGAGUCUAAAGGAAGACCACAUGCACCACUUAGCAGCGAGGCUUUCCAGAAGCUUUGUCGUUACCUGCGAGUUCCCAAUCAAAUCUUUUUCAGAAUGGUGGGACAGAGGUUUGACUGGUGCUAAAGACAGCCGAAAAAUUAUUGACAGCUCUUACAGAGACUGAGAAUGGGAUUUAAACUACUACUGAAACCCCAUUUUGUGAAAAUGUUCUAAGAUUGUCAAAGGAAUGUGGUUAAAAAUGACAGCAACCAGUUUGCAAGAGGGCCAAGCAAAGAGACCAGAGCCAAAAACUGUUCUGAACGCUAAUACAUCUAGCCCACAG